AUGGCCCCUGCCACGAAUACGUUACCGGAUCAUCUGGAUCAUUCCAUCUUCGCGAAAAACGAAGUGGAGGGGAUGGAGGCGGAGGGGGAGGGGAUGGAGGCGGAGGGGGAGGGGAUGGAGGCGGAGGGGGAGGGGAUGGAGGCGGGGGGGGAGGGGGAGGAGGCGGAGGGGGAGGGGGAGGAGGAGGAGGGGGAGGGGGCGGAGGCGGAGAAGGGCGGCAACGGGGAGCUUGCGGCCCCGCUGCACGUGUUUCGAGCAGCCGACGGCUCGUUGCAGGAGGAACCCGAAAUCAGCGACGGCGACCUGAUGGUGGUCGGCAGCCUAGACGCGCUGUACUACGAGGAAGUGGCUAUUAGACGGAGACUGAGAUUGUCUCAUGACAAACGGAUUGAGAUCGUCUACGAAAACACAGGAAGCCAUAGGGUAGAAGAAGCGACAGGGGAGGAAGACGAGGAAGAGGAGGAGGUGGAGGAGGAGGAGCAAGAGCACGUGCGUCCCGUACACGUGUUUUGGAGAGAUGAUGGGGCAUUACACGAGGAGGAAGAAGAUAGCACUACUAGCCAUUUGACACGAUACGAUGGAGGAGGUGAGGACGAUGAUGAGGUGGCAGGUUUGGGAAAUGCGGGCUGGAGAGAGGCAGCGGUCGAUGCGGCGUUUGGUGCGGCGGUUGAUGCGGUAGCGGAAGCGGAGCUGGAGUAUGAGUUGGAAUUCGCGGUGCGUACCAGGAGGGCAAUGGCUAUUGGCGUUGGCGGUGAUGAGGCCUAG